AUGCAACUGUCUCCUGUGUCCUCUGAUGGUCUCCUCGAUCUCCAAGCCUUUGAAGCACUUCUUACCCCGGACACAGCGUUAGUCAGCAUUCCCUUCGCUAAUGGAGAAAUCGGCGCAGUGCAGCCAAUAGACAAGGUAGUUGCUGCAGUUCGGAGGGUUUGUCCUUCUGCCUUUAUUCAUUGUGAUGCCUCGCAAGCAUUAGGGAAGGUGCCUGUACACCCCAUGGACUUGGACAUUGACUUACUUACGAUUGCCGGACAUAAGGUAUAUGCACCUAAGGGGAUAGGGGCCCUUUAUAUCCGCAAGGGUCUACAACUGUCUCCUCUUAUACUAGGGGGGGGACAAGAGAGGGGACUCAGAGGUGGUACGGAGAACGUGGCAUUUGCCAUGGCUUUAGGGACGGCCUGUAAGCUAAUCAAGCAGAGUUGGGAGGCAGCAAAGUGGCCUCUGUCCCCAGAGGCGAUCUCUGCUGCUGCUGCUGCUGCUGCUGCUUCUACCAGCGUAGCAGCAACAAACGGCAAGUGCGUGCAAGAUGAUCCCCCCCACCCCAGCAAGCUGGCGUUUGUUGCUAAGGUUUUUGUUGAUCGUUUGUGGGCUUCUUUAGAGGCGAAGACAUCUGUCCAGAGACAGAAACUUGGGUCUGCUCUGCGAUUAAAUGGUCCCCUUGGAGCAGCCGAUCCCUCUGUGCAGCAGCAAUGGCUGCCAGGGACAAUUCAUCUCUCUGUCCGCGGUGCAUACGGCUUUGAUAUAGCUAAAGGCCUCGCAGAAGAAGAAAGGGUGUUUGUAUCUGCUGGUGUAAGUUGCCAUCAAGGGAAGACUGUCUCUGGCACUCUCUUAGCGAUGGGCCAUAGCAGCGAUUGGGCCCUUGGUUCUCUUCGUAUAAGUGUAGGGAGGGACACUUCUGUCUCCGAUGCAGUAAAGGCAGCAGAGAAGAUGGCAACAUAUUUAAUUAAUCAUAAAUUGCUGCAUCUUUAA